AUGGGCCACAAGCAGGAUAUCUAUUCACCUUCAACAAACUUUUCAAAGCCACGAAGGACCGCAAUCACCCGAUUGAUCGUAUUCGCCGUAAUUCUAGUCGCAUCUUUUCUCUUCUCGACCCCCAUCUCCAGCCUCCAGGGUUUCUACUCCGAACUCAGUCCCAUUCAAUCUCCAAACCCGGAUUCCGAAUGGCAGGACAACAUUUAUCCUUUCCGUCAGCAAAGUCCUUGGGACAUCUCUACGGACUUCCCAUAUCCACGCUUACUCGAAUAUGAUGUCCAAGAGGGCACCUGGCUGCGUCUAGAUGUUCACCCAAUAUCAGGAGAUAUCGUUUUUGAUAUGCUGGGUGACAUUUACUGCAUUCCUGCUUCAGAGGCAUACGCGUACGAUAAAAAUACUGUGGCCCGAGCUAGACCAGUCCUUCUAGGCAUCCCGUACGACGCAGAUCCAAGGUUCUCUCCAGAUGGAAAGCGAUUGGCAUUCCGCAGCGAUGCAGGCAUUGGGAUAGAUAACAUUUGGCUCAUGCAUUGGACAGGCUGUGAGGAAAUGGAUAUCAGGCCAUCGACAGCGGUCGAUCCUCUGUUAGCUGAGGCAUUAGCGGAAAAGGAUAAAGAGGAUCACCUUCUGUUUAUUCAACGCGUAUCAGAGAUGAAAACACGCCAAAGAAAUCGCCUGAGGAGAGAGGGUCGCGUUUUCGCUCACCGUAUCACCAACGAAACUUACCGAUAUGUCUCUGGUCCCCGUUUCCAUCCUUCCGGCAACAAAAUCAUUACAUCUAAAUGGUACACUGGCAAAGUUACAAUAUCUGCUCCAGAAGGAUGGGAAUAUAAUCUACCCGACUUGUCCAUUGACCAAAAGCCCGGGACCAUUACAUCUGGUAGCGGCCGGCGUGUCUUAGGAAGGACACUUUCUCGAGGAAUGACUAUAGAUGACUAUGCUUCGCAACAGAUCGGGCCUGAGCAGUUUAUCUGGGCUGGAGAUGAUGUGAUUAUCUUCGCAAAAAAUGUGGUGGACGAAUAUACGACCUCUGAAAAAGAUGUUCACAAGGGUGUUUUCGCAAUUUUUUCCUAUAAUAUAACCUCUGGCAAGCAGGAAACACUCGUAGACGCCUUUCCGGGUGGUGCCAGUCGUCCGGAGCUGUCUCGAGAUGGAAGGUCGCUUGCUUUCGUCCGCCACGUUAGAGAUCAAGAAGCGCUUGUCAUCCAGGAUCUACAAACCGGUUCAUUGCGUUACAUUUGGUACGGGCUUACCUUCGAUUGGUCCUCCGGCUCUACAUUAGGUGGCUCUUAUCCCUCAUUUGCGUUCACCCCAAACGACGACGCAGUCAUUAUCUGGGCUCAAGGACAAAUCUACCGGGUGCCCUUGACCACGAAUGAGUUUGGAGAGAAAAUUGCCUUAGGGGAGCCUAACCCGAUCCGUUUCACUGCCCAUAUCGAGACACGCAUUGCGGAAACGCGGAAAAAGCAAUUGGAUUUGCUUAGACUAGAAACAAAAGAUACUCAGAGGGUGCAUGCGCUCAAGGAACUGGCACUCGAUGACGUUGGUUCAAAGGCUGUAUUUCAAGCCGCCGGUGUAUCGAUAGUGCAAACAUUUGGUGAGACGGAAGCCACCAGAGUACCUGUACUUGCCCCGGACGCACCUUACUAUUCACCCUCUUUCGUUCCCGGCGUAAAUAAUCUGGUCGUCCAUGCUCGAUGGUCUGACGUCAAUUUUACGACUUUUGAGUUGGCAGAUUUGGAUUCUGGGCUUGCUUAUGAGCUUUCAGGGGUUCCGUUAGGGAGAUAUUUUACUCCUGUGAUUAGUGCAGGGCCUGGUUAUGCCCGGAGGAUCGCAUUCGUGAAGAGCGCAGGAGACAGUCUUACGGGUGACAUUCUUGCUACCGCUAGACCAGGCCUCUAUGUCGGAGAAAUCAAUUUAUCUUCACAAAGCCCACCUGGUCCCGCUGUUCAGGAUAUUCCCAUACGAGGUUUACGAUUUAUUCCUUCAGAUGUGGUUGCCUCUGAUCUAGCUCUUACCAUACGCUUCAUCAACUCUUCGAAUUUGUUGGUUCAAGAAAGCUCUCGAGUCUUCUCUGUUUUUCUCGAUGCAGAAUCUGAACUCGUCAGCACUAUUUUCACAGGAAAAAUGACGAAUGAGAUAGCUCAUGCUUCUAGACUCUUUGCCGACGCGGGCACGGUUGACCACGUAGCCUUCAUUGAAUAUCAGCACGUCUAUUUGGCAAGUGGCACUGCCUUGAAAUAUAAGGAGGAGUUAUGGGCCAAACCUGGCAACUCGACAACAGGUUUAAUGCGAUUGAGCGUAGACGGUGGCCACUCAUUAGCUUGGAGUAGAGAUGGUAGACGUCUAUCGUGGCUGUUAGGUCCUAUUAUUUAUUCUCUUGACAUAUCCAAAGUUCAUCUAUGUAUUGACGCCGCUCGAAAUGAUCGCGAUACAUUUGGUAUCUCAUGCACCAGGGGUUUAGUUGACCAGCAAGAAAUUUUUGUUGAACAUUCAACCGAUAUAGCUCGGCUGAAAUCAGACGCUUCGGACGCUCGACAUGGACGAAAUUCUACCACUUCGGUUAUCGUCGCCAUUCACAACGCAACCAUUCUAACUAUGGAAACCGGGGAUGAAGCUGAGGACCUUAUUGAACACGGCGUGUUGCUGGUUCAGGAUGGUGUCAUAAGUGCUGUGGGAAGAGCAGAACACGUUCAAAUACCUGCCGGCGCUGUGACCAUCGAUGCUUUAGGAGGUUUCGUCAUGCCUGGAUUCAUUGACGUUCAUGCUCAUUGGGGUGGAUAUACCACCCGCUACCCGGCCAAAUCAUGGGAGAUGCAGACGUUUCUUGCGUAUGGUGUGACUACGAUGCACAAUCCUAGUUCUAAUACCGUUGAUACCUUCGUCGAACGCAGUCGCCUUGAAAGUGGGCAAUUUAUUGGACCUCGGAUAUUGACCACAGGGACAGUAGUAUUCGCCGGAACAUGGACUGGUUUGUAUGAAGAGAUAGUCGAUGAAGCACAGGCCCUCUCCGCUCUAAAUAGAAUCAAAGCUGAAGGUGGCCCCUUCACACUCUCGUACAAGAACUAUCAGCUUCCUGCUCGCGCAUCUCGACAGCGACUUUUGACGGCUGCAAAGGAGUUGGAUAUGCUUUGCUUCCCGGAAGGAGGCGCCAACUAUGAUUGGAACUUGGCGUAUAUCAUUGAUGGCAUGACUACAUUAGAACAUACGUUUCCAUUUGCAUCGAUAUACGAGGAUGUGUCCAAGCUCUUUGUUCGAAGUGGCACCAGCUAUACACCGGUAUACCUCGUAAAUUACGCCGGUCCUUGGGGAGAAGAAUACGUCUGGACAAAUCAUGAUGUUCCCAAUGAUCCCAAACUGAGACGAUUUAUGCGGCAUGAUAUUUUGGAGAAACUUACCGAAUCGGUAGCCCGCCCUCGGAGCUCCUACGUCAUGUUCAACGCUUCGGUUUACGCUGCCAAAAUGGUAAAUGACGGGCUAAAAAUUCAUAUUGGCGCGCAUGGCGAGCAACCAAUGGGCCAUAACUACCACGCGGAGAUGUUUUUCACAAAGAGUGGUGGGCUAACCAAUUACGAGGUUCUUCAGGCUGCAACUUCGAAUGCUGCGUCCACGCUAGGAAUUCUUCAGUCAGUAGGGACAUUGAGUGCCGGCAAGUUAGCAGACUUUCUGGUUUACAUACCUGGAGUAGAUAUUCUCCGCGGUCCCAUUGAAGAUACCACAAGACUCAGAUACAUUGUUCGGGGAGGAAGGAUUUGGGCCGCUGAUACAAUGUCUGAAAUCUGGCCUGUCGCCGGGCGGAAACAGACAAUGCCAUCCUUCAACCCUGGGUCCUGA